AUGGAUUUUGAGAUUAAAGUAUUUGUAUCCGUUUUGUCGUGUUAUUCUUUAUUUGUAAUAUACGUUGUUUGGGCUUACGUUCCAGAUCGAUUCUUUAAUAAAAUUGGGAUCAUUUACUACCCCUCGAAGCAUUGGAGUUGCGCUUUUCCUAUAUUAGUAGUCUUCGGUGCAAUUUCACUUGUAGUAUUUAUCGGAUUCUUCGAGCGAACAAAGCAUCCUAGGCUAGAUUCCUUCGAUAGCAUGAUAGACGAGUAUUCAACUGUGGAAAAUGAUGGUGGAAUCAUGUAUUUUGACGCCCCUAUAGAGUUAGUUAACGAGAAGCUAUACACUAAUGUACAAAGUUGAAGAUUAAAAAUGUUUUCUUUUAAUGUGGCUGCGACAUGACUAAAUCGUAUAAUUUGUCACUUAAUUCAAAUUUUUCAAACACGGAAUAUAGUUUGUAGUCGAGAGAAUUAUAUACCCACUCCACGAUUCCUGCACCUUGAAAGUGAAUCAUAUCAUGGUAAUAUAGCAGUAUUGUACAAACUGGGGAUCUUGUACUACUUUUAAUGUGUUGUACUGUUAGAUUGGACUUGUGGAAAAGGAGAAAAUCACAGGCCAGUACUUCAGCCAAACCAUAAAGAUCAUCUCCUGACCCCCAGGUGAAAACGGGAUUAGAGGAGGAAAGCUUGCUAAAAAUUUUUUUAGCCACCUGAAUUGGUUCCAUAAUUUUGCUCUCCAAUACUUGUAGCAUUUGGCCGGGGUUCCACUGUAUAUCAGGGGCAUCACCUAAACCAAUAGAUGUGUUUUGGAGUUUAGUUUUCAAAGCUUCCACGUCAAGAUAAUGCUGAGCGUUUGGUAUUUCUGGGUCUAGUCCAACAAAUGACAUUGCUGCAAGAACCCUAAGAUCCCCCAUGGCAAAAAACCCAUCUUUAUUAAAAUUCCGAUUUAAUAUUGACUGUCGAAGAUGCAUUGGAAGAUCUUCCCUUUCAAAGUUGAAACGACCAAUUUUGUAUCCUGCUUCUUUUAAACCUCCUGCUAAUGAAAAGUAUAGACAGUUGCCUCCGCCACCAAAUUCCUAGAAACCAUUUAUACAGGAAAAAAUUGUACCUUUGAACAUAAAGUAAGCCUCAUUGGACGCAGUUUGUCCUCCCACUCCUUAGUUGUUGGAUGCCAUGCCGGAAAUUUAGCACAAAUGUGACUGGCUGAUGUGUUUUCAUUAAGACCGUACGAAGAAAGCUGUGUUACUACUCUUCUUGGAAUGUCAGUGCGAUGUGGAAAAGUUGUUGAAAGAGGAGAUGGGUUGACUCCGAACGGAUUUAUUGCUAAAAAUAAUUUAAUAAUAAUUUAAUUAAUAUUCAUA